AUGCACAAAAGCAGUUCCGGUUCAUUAGGCCCAGACGGCCUUGACUUAACCCAAGUCUUCUUCAAACCCAUCUCCAACGCAUCCCCUCCCUCUCUCACCAAACGCCACAACAAGAUCUCCGUCAUCGGCGCUGGAAAUGUCGGAAUGGCCAUCGCUCAGACCAUCCUCACUCAAGACCUCACCGACGAGCUCGUCAUUGUCGAUAACAAACCCGACAAGCUCCGCGGCGAGAUGCUCGACCUUCAGCACGCUGCUGCUUUCCUCCCCCGCGUUAAGAUCAACUCCUCCGUUGAAUACUCCGUUACCGCCGGCUCUGAUUUAUGUAUCGUUACCGCUGGUGCACGACAGAUCACUGGUGAGUCUAGGCUUAACCUUCUCCAGAGGAACCUUGAUCUUUUCAAGGGAAUCAUACCCCUUCUGGCCAGUUACUCGCCGGAAACGAUUCUCAUAAUCGUGUCUAACCCCGUUGACGUUCUCACCUACAUCGCGUGGAAGCUUUCCGGGUUUCCGUCGAACCGGGUCAUCGGGUCGGGUACCAAUUUGGAUUCGUCUCGCUUUCGUUUUCUCAUUGCUGAUCACCUCCAGGUUAACGCUCAGGAUGUUCAGGCAUGCAUAGUAGGGGAGCAUGGUGAUAGUUCGGUGGCAUUAUGGUCAGGUAUUGCCAUUGGGGGUGUUCCUGUGCUGAGUUUUUUGGAGAAACAACAAAUUGCUUAUGAGAAAGAAACGCUGGAGAAGAUACAUAAAAAAGUAAUUGACAGUGCUUAUGAAGUCAUCAGUUUAAAAGGCUACACGUCAUGGGCUAUUGGAUACUCUGUGGCUAGUUUGGCUCGGUCGAUUAUUAGGGAUCAAAGAAAGAUCCACCCUGUGUCUGUUUUGGCUAAGGGCUUUUAUGGCAUUGGUGAUGAUGUUGAAGUGUUUUUGAGCUUGCCAGCACAGCUUGGUAGAGGUGGGGUACUUGGUGUAACCAAUGUGCACAUGAAUCAAGAGGAGGAACAGAGGCUUAGGGACUCUGCUAAAACCAUCGUAGAGGUUCAGACUCAAUUGGAUAUUUGA